AUUUUCGAGAAAAGAAAAUCAGAAUCAGGGUUUCCGAUUUGUGAAAUCACGAAAGAAGAAUUCGAUUUCAGCCUCAGGAAUUAGUUAGCCCUGACCUUUGGGCGUUGGAUUUCGUUACGAUGAACGAUCAAUCGCAGAUGAUGAUGAAUUUGAACAAGAUGAACCAGCCUCAGAUGAUGAAUCAGGUGCAAAUGAUGAGCCAGUCUCAGAUUAUAGGUCAGUCUCAGCCUCAGUUGCUCACACACAACCAUGCAAUGAAUCAGCAGGCUCAGGCUCAGAUGAAGCCGCCUCAGAUGAAGCAAUCUCAGAUUAUGAUGAACCAGACUCAACCUCCGAUGAUGAAUCGAGGAUAUAAGGUUUGGUCUCAGCAGCCACCUCUGGACCCUAACAUGAAGUUUCAGAACCCUAUGAAACGAAAUUACCUUGCUUCCAAGCCUGGACGAAGUAACUGGAAGGGGAAGAAGGCCAAUGACAAGCGCAAGGACUCAAGGAGAAUGGAAAAACCCAAUCCAAGUACCUCCCUUAGUAUUGCAAACAACAGCGUUGGUUACCAACCCCCUACUCUGCAUGAAUUGCAAUCGCAAAAUCGUUUAAAAGCACGUAAGUUCUAUCCUAAGAAGAAGUUUAAUAAUAGAUUUGCUCCUUAUGCGCCUAGGAAUACGACAUCGUAUAUUAUUCGUGCCAAGAAGUCGGGUGGCAUUGCAUCGCUCGUGUCACCUUGCCCAGUGACCCCGGCAGUGCUUCCUACACCUAUAUUGUCGCCCUCGAGUGAGGUGUUAGGGGAUAUGGCAAAGGAAGAGUGGGGUGUUGAUGGAUAUGGGUCAAUGAAGGGUUUGAUCAGGCUUCGAUCACCAGGGCAUGAGGCAGAUCUUCAUGAUGAUGAAGAUGAAGAGGACGGUGGUGGCGGGUCAAGCGAGAGUGAUGUGGAGGAACAUGUGGAGGUGGAAAGGAGGCUGGACCAUGAUUUAAGCCGGUUUGAGAUGAUAUACCCGAAUUAUGGAGUGGAUUAUAAUAAUGUCUUAGAGAAUAGGGUAGAUGAUCAGGAUUCCCAUAUAGCACAGUUGGAGGAAGAGAAUUUGACAUUGAAGGAGCGACUUUUCCUAAUGGAGAGAGAGUUAGGUGAUCUGCGAAGGAGGUUACUGUUUCUUGAGAGGCAGAACAGAAUUGUUGAAGAUGUCAACGAGGAAGUGGUGGAGAAUGGGUCUGAUAAUGAAAGCGAGGGAGGAUCAGAUGUUCCGGUUAUGGGAAUUGAGAAUAAUAGAGAGAUGGUUGAUUCGAUGCUGGAAGAAGGUGCGAGAAAUGGAAACAUUGAGGCUGAUGCUAAGUUGGACAAUGGUGGAGUAUUGGAGGCUGAAGGCGUAGAUGAUGUUUUUAUUGAAGAAUCUGUUCCCAAUGAGGCAAUUGCAGACAAGAAUGAGAUCAAAAAUCAUGAAAUGAAGGAUGGCUUUAUGUUUAAUGAAGUGAAGGAGAAGGAGAAGGAUGAGCAGAAUAAUGAAGAAGCCACACAGCAGUGUUUACUGGAUAAAGAUUUUGCAAAAGAAAAUGUUGUUAUGGAUGAAAAAGAGGGUGGUGAAUUUGAAAUGCUGGACAAAAAUAAUGAAUCAGAAACUCAUGAAGUAGCAAAUAAAAGUGUAAACAACAUGGCCUUUAAUGAGAAGGAUGAAUGCAAGGAUCAGGUAGUUGGGACAAGCUCAGAGACUGUUGGAGAUGAUGGUUUAUCUAUCCUGCACUAGUUAAGUUGUUUGUCUAAUAGGCUUUUGAGGGAAAUGCUAACUUCUUAAUACAUACAAUGUUGGCAUUUGUAGCCUCGUAGGUUAGUAGUUUACUUUUAUUUUGUCUGCUUUUCUUUAUUUGUAUGGUUUGGUAAAAUGAAGGAUUGGGGAGGAGUAUAGUGAUUUUGUUCUU